GUUCUGCAUGUGACCACACAAAGCGCUUAUGGUGUUUAAAACAGCACCGUGGACAGACUGAAGUGGCUUCCGUUCAGAUGAAUAAGAAACAGCCCCACGAUACUUAGACAACCAACCAACCAGUUUGAUUUGGUUCGUCCAGCGGGAACGGGUCUGUCUCUCACGCUGAGCUGAGCUGACAUUUAACAGUGUUUGUUUUAUAUAAUCAUCACCAUCCAGAUGUGCAUCUAAGAAGACGGCGACGGCAUUAAUGGACUUUCCGUUAUUUUUUUGUUUGCGAGCCGACGCUGCCUGGAGUUGUUCUGUCUGGAUACUGUGGAGUUGAUGUUUAAUAGGAAACACCUGUAGCUGAAUCCGCUACACAGUCUCUAAUAUAUUGGACUAUUAUUAGCCACAAACCAACAGAAAUGUUUUGAUACACUAUCUAUUUUCUGCAGGCAGGGAGGGCUGGUCUCUCUGACGCUGUCGGCCAUCUAAUCUCCAAUGCAAAAGAGCGAAGGUAAAGCCAUUUACUGGUCCAUUAAUAUCUAAGCUUCUCUCUCGGCUCUCUGUGCUGCUCGCAGACAGGAACAUGGAUAGAGAGGAAUUCGCUGUGACAAGAGCUUUGACUGGAUUCGUGUGGAUGGUGUUCUCUUGUCCAAACUAAAAACUAAUAUAAAAAAAGACAGUGGAAUCGAGCUCAACAACCGACCACGGUGCGUCUGGCGGUUCGCGAUCAUCAUCCUUUUUUGUUGUUGUUGCGCACCGCUUUUAAAAAAAUUAAUUGAAUGCAUUUUUAAUGUAGCCGGGGGAGAUCAGAGGUGGGCUUAUAUUUGAAUUAAAAAACAACCAUGGGGGGCACAGAUGAGUGUAAAACCAUGCUGGAUGCUCUGAACAAAGUCACAGCGUGCUACAGGCACCUGGUCAUCGCGCUGGGCAGCACAUCGGACUCUCAGAACCUGCGCGAGGAACUCAAGAAGACCCGGAAGAAAGCCCAGGAGCUCGCUGUGGCCAACCGGAAUAAACUAACCGAGUUGCUCAAAGACAAGACCACCAGCAAGGACGACCGGGCUGAGUAUGAGAGGCUAUGGGUGCUGUUCACCAGCAGCAUGGAGCUACUGGAAGUGGACAUGAAGCGGAGCUUGGAGAUAGGGCAGGAGUUCCCCCUCAAGGUGCCCACCAGACACCUCAUCCAGACGGGCAUGACCGGCAGCACCACCACGGUGGCCGCCAGGGCCAUGUCUGUGCAGAACAUGAAGUACGACGCGGACAGCAACAUCGACACUGCCGACCUGAAGGAGCUCCAGGCUGAGAUCACCCAGGUGGGCCAGAUGAUGGAGGAGAUGGAGAUGAAGGUGCAGGUGGCUCCGUGGGCCGUGGAGGCCAAGCAGGAGGCCGGCGCCGAGCUCAAAUCCACCCUGAGCGUCGGGAACUCCUCCGUGGGCGUCAUUUCCAUCUGUGAAGAGGAGCCCAAGGACGAGAUAGAUGAAGGGGGUGACAAUAACGGAAUGAUCACAUGCAUCGCUGGAUUCAUAUUCGUUGCUAUUGUAGUAAUCGCCGGGAUUCUAGGAUACUUCGUAAUCGGUGGAUAGGAUACUUAGUUCUGGACGUUUUGAGCCAGCCUGGGAAUACUUCACAGAUAAACAGCGGGCGCAGCUCAGAGACAGAUACAGCCCGGGAUGGACACUAGGCAGGUUAUAUGCCCGGAGAAACGGCUCUGUUGUUGAGGAGAGAGAGACUAGCACGAGGAGCUGUCGAGGUGAUGAAAACUGUUACGUCUGCAUCCCAAAUGGCACCGAUUCCACAUAUAGUCCUCUACUUUAGACCAGAGCCACUACAAGGCGUUAUUCCCCAUAUAGUCCUCUACUUUAGACCAGAGUCACUACAAGGCGUUAUUCCACAUAUAGUCCUCUACUUUAGACCAGAGUCACUACAAGGCUUUAUUCCACAUAUAGUCCUCUACUUUAGACCAGAGUCACUACAAGGCUUUAUGCCACAUAUAGUCCUCUACUUUAGACCAGAGUCACUACAGGGAUUUAUUCCACAUAUAGUCCUCUACUUAAGACCAGAGUCACUACAAGGCUUUAUUCCACAUAUAGUCCUCUACUUUAGACCAGAGUCACUACAAGGCUUUAUUCCACAUAUAGUCCUCUACUAUAGAUGAGUAGGUUCUCCUCAUAGCUAGAGCAGAGGGAGGGUUUUGUCAACAGGGGGUAGAUGAGUAGGUUCUCCUCAUAGCUAGAGCAGAGGGAGGGUUUUGUCUACAGGGGGUAGAUGAGUAGGUUCUCCUCAUAGCUAGAGCAGAGGGAGGGUUUUGUCUACAGGGGGUAGAUGAGUAGGUAAUCCUCAUAGCUAGAGCAGAGGGAGGGUUUUGUCAACAGGGGGUAGAUGAGUAGGUUCUCCUCAUAGCUAGAGCAGAGGGAGGGUUUUGUCUACAGGGGGUAGAUGAGUAGGUUCUCCUCAUAGCUAGAGCAGAGGGAGGGUUUUGUCAACAGGGGGUAGAUGAGUAGGUUCUCCUCAUAGCUAGAGCAGAGGGAGGGUUUUGUCUACAGGGGGUAGAUGAGUAGGUUCUCCUCAUAGCUAGAGCAGAGGGAGGGUUUUGUCUACAGGGGGUAGAUGAGUAGGUCCUCCAGUGGCAGGCAGGUAGCACUGUUCACUCGCCUCGCAGUCCCAGCUGUCUGACUGCCUUGUACAAGAUGCAGUUCAUUACUACGUUCCCACUAACUCAAUGAUGUCAGCCAGCACACAUCUUCAGAGGAAUCCUCAGACUGAGCAUUGAAUUCAUCCCUGCCAGCUUGCAGUCCUCCUCAGGGGUCAGGAGACCAUAAAAACAAGCAAAAGAUGUGGUGGGGUAUUCAAACCAAAACACACUAGCUAACUAGCUAACUAGCAUUGUUAACUAGUAUUGUUGAAAGAACUGAUUUUCCAUCACAUUCACAGGUAGGAAACACAUUGAUUUUACCCAGACUUAGUCUAUACCCAUUGAGCUAUUCAAAACCAAAAAUAAAAUCAAACUAUUCAAACUAAAAAAAACAAAUAAAAAUGAUUAAAUAUUAACUAAAUGUACCGGAGCUCUCUGCCUAGGCGACCUCACAGCGCCAUGGCAACAUGUGUAGAAUGGCAGGGAAUUUGUUCUCUGCCUCAUGGCAACAAAAAUACAUCCUCUAAAGUAGUGCACUAUAUAGGGAAUAGGGUUCCAUAUGGCUCUGGUCUAAAGUAGUACACUAUAUAGGGAAUAGGGUUCUAUAGGGCUCUGGUCUAAAGUAGUGCACUAUAUAGGGAA